AUGUUGUUUUUGGGUAAACCAUUUUCGUUAAAUAACAAGAUGAUUGCUGAUUUACAACAGAGUUUUAACAUGAUAGCUAAAUCAGUGGGAUUUGGAGGUCCACUAAAUUUCUUACCCAUUUUACGUUUCUUCCCACAGUUCAAACACGCAGUACCAGCACUAAAAGACGCCGUGAACAAAGUUGCUGAAAUUCACACCCACCUGAUCAAUGAAUGUCAAAAGUCCAUGUGUACCAAGGAUUCUCCCUCGAAUCUUAUUGAAGCGUUUCUGUUACGAGUGUCUAAAGAAAGUUCUAAGCAUAAUUACAACAUCGAGCAGCUGAAUUACCUUUUGUAUGACGUUUUUAUUGGUUCUACUAGUAGUACUACAAGUUCCUUAUCCUGGGGUUUGCUAUAUUUGGCCCAGUACGAAGACGUGCAAAAUACAAUGCGACAAGAACUCCUAGAAAUAUUGCAAAAUAAAACGGUACAAAUGGAAGACUUUGAAAAUUUACACUACACUAAAGCAGCUAUUGCCGAAAUGAUGAGAAUUAGAACUAUAGCACCUUUAGGAAUACCGCACUACGCUUCUGAAGAUAUUUGCGUUGAAGGAUUUACAAUUCCUAAAGGCACAAUGAUAACGCCAUUAUUAUGGGCCAUUCACAUGGAUCCAAAAGUUUACAAAGACCCGGAAGAAUUUCGUCCUGAAAGAUUUUUGGACAAGGAUGGAAGAUUUUGUAAAUCGGAGCUACUUCUUCCUUUUUUAACUGGUAAAAGAAUCUGCGUUGGAGAAGAACUAGCAAUAAUAAUUAUGUCAGUGCUUGUUGCUACUGUUUUACAGAACUUUAAAAUAGAACGUAGUGACUGUCUAGAUUUUGACGGUCAUUAUGGUUGUACGCUAAAACCUAAAUCCCAACAAAUAAUUUUUACAAAAAUAUGA